AUUUUCAAAGCUCUCGAGCUGUUCUAGGGUUUACUGAAAAUGGCAUUCGCUAGUCGAAUCCGAUCGAGCCUCCCUCUCGUCUCCAAGAUUCUCAAAUCCGAUUCCCUCUCCGCCGCCCACCGCGCUCUCCUUGCCCCUACUUUCACCGAUUCCCAGCUGUCGAGGAGCUUCGCCACUAAAACCACCGAGAAGAAGGAUGUGAAGGUCAAGGUGCCUUUGGCUUUGUUUGGGGGCUCUGGGAACUAUGCCUCUGCUUUGUACAUUGCUGCUGUGAAAACUAAUUCCUUGGACAAGGUUGAGAAUGAGAUUCUGGACUUUGUUGGAGCGAUGACCAAGAGUCCCAUGUUUUCUCAGUUCACAAAGGAUUUGUCAGUGCCUGCAGAUACUAGAAAGAAGGCAAUUGAAGAUAUUGCUGCUCAAGCUAAAUUUUCAGAAGUUUCAAAGAACUUCUUGAUAUUGUUGGCUGAGAAUGGAAGGCUAAGGAACAUCGAUACCAUAGCGAAGAGAUUUGUGGAAUUAACCAUGGCACAUAAAGGAGUAGUGAAAGUUAUUGUGACAUCUGUCAUUCCCCUCCCUGCUGAAGAGGAGAAAGAAUUGAACGAGACACUACGAGACUUAAUGGGAAAAGGGAAGACAGUUAAGCUUGAACAGAAGAUUGAUCCCAGUAUUAUGGGUGGGCUUGUGGUAGAGUUUCAGCAGAAGGUGUUUGACAUGUCCAUUAAGACCCGGGCACGCCAGUUUGAGAGGUACUUGCGGGAUCCCAUUCAUUGGGACAACCUCUAAAUGGUUUGCCGUCAAAGACUCCCUUUUCCAGAUACUUUACUGUCAAAGAUCAAUGGAGGAAAGACAUUGUUUAAUUUUGGUGCUUGAAUCCAGUUGUUUAAAAACAUGGAAAGCCACAUGAUUGGUAUUAUGUCUCUUUGCAAAUAAAAGAAUGUUUUUAAAAAUUGUACUAGGCGGCUCAAGAGAUUAGCCUUUAUUAUUAUUUUUGUCUUCCUAUUUUGGCGCUCUGAA